UGUCAAAAGGGUUGCCUAAAAUUGGAUGUGGAGAAAGAUUCUGAGUAUGGAUAUGUAUAUUCCGUUUCUGGACCCGUGGUCACAUCUGAAAAGAUGUCCGGUGCUGCUAUGUACGAGUUGGGUCAUUAUGAAUUGGUGGGUGAAAUCAUUCGUUUAGAAGGAGAAAUGGCUACUAUUCAAGUAUAUGAAGAAAGAUCUGGUGUAACUGUUGGUGGUCCAGUUCUUCGAACUGGAAAACCCCUUUCAGUAGAGUUAGGACCUGGUAUUAUGGGUAGCAUUUUUGAUGGUAUCCAGCGUCUUCUGAAAGACAUCAAUGAAAUAUCUGAAAGCAUAUACAUACUAAGAGGCGUGAAUAUCCCAGCCUUGAGUCGAGAGGCAACUUGGGAAUUCAAUCCUAUAGGCUAUAAAGUUGGUAGCCAUAUUACGGGUGGAGACAUAUAUGGAAUGGUUCGUGAAAAUACUUUGAUAAAGCAUAAAAUUAUGCUUCCACCUCGAGCUUUAGGUCGUGUUCUGUACAUUGCUGAGCCAGGAAAUUAUACAGUUGAUGAUGUGAUCUUAGAAACUGAAUUUGAUGGUCAAAAGUCUCAGUACACUAUGCUUCAAGUUUGGCCUGUGCGUCAACUUCGUCCAGUGACAGAAAAACUUGCUGCUAACCAUCCUCUUCUUACUGGCCAAAGAGUACUUGAUGCAUUGUUUCCCCUGGUGCCUUACGCGGACAUCAGGUAACUCAUCGCCCUCUUUUUCAUAAGGAACUCGUCUGAAGGGAAAAUACAUUGGGCCUGCGGGAAUCACGAGUUGAAAGUACUCUUGGAGGAUAUGAA